UCUCUACAAACACACACCCCUCUCUCUCUACUCUCUAGAGAGAGAAAAAUUCGUAACGUCGUUUUGAAAUCCCCUCUUCUCAGUCCUCACUAUUUCUCUUCACCUCGUUUCCGGCGAACACUCUCCCACUGUAAAUCCUGGUUUCGACCGUUGAAAUUCCCUCUCUGUGUUCUCUCUGCCAUUUCUAGCGGUUCUUAGUUCCAACCUCGCCGCUGUAUCAGGCGGAGUUUUACUCUUGUUGCUCUGUUUCUCUCUUCCCUCUCAAGUUCAAGUUCUGUGCUGUAGUAAUGGCGGAGUUUCCUCCCAACCUGGAUGACGGAGAACUCUGGAUUCCUUCUGACAUUUUCCCCGACGAAGUAUCCACCAAGUUUAGCCCAGAAUUUCCGUCUGAGAUAACGUACAUGGAAGACCUCGCUCAUCAGCUGGCGACUUUCGCUUUGCUUGAACGGAACCAAACUGUUGCAAAUCCCCCGCCAAAUUUACCCCCAAACUUAGAGUAUUUUAGACGGCAAGGUCGGUACGGUGCUGUUGCUCCUCCCAGAACCGGGUUUAGCUUUGGGUUUGGUAGGGGCCCUACUGCUGGCCACCAUCUUUUUUCAUCUGGCAACGAGGGUUUUCCUGCCGGUUCGAGACCGGUUUACCAGUAUCGACCUAUGAAACCGGUUCAUGCUCAGGUUGAGAGCUCUGUGCAUCAACCCGGAGACAGGUCUUUGCAGAAGCAGCAGCAAAACCAGGGUCAAAACCGCUUUUUGCCGUUUCAGGUAAACGGGUCGGGGAUGGGCGGUUUAGUGAGAGAAUACGGAGGUACCGGGGUUUUCCUCCCUCGCAUUGCAACUACAGCUGAUGUUAAGAAGAAACAGAGUGGGAAAACUGGAGAAGAAAAUCAACAGAAGAGCUGCAAUAAAAAGGUAGCCUUGGAGAAGCAGGAAGCGUUUCAACUUUCAUCUGAAAUGGGUUUGCCUCAAGAUUGGACAUACUAAGUUCUCACUAUCUCUAUUGUAUCUUUAUGAAUAUGAUGUAAAGAAAAUAACAAGUUUCAUAGUUUAGAGAAGGAAGAAAAGUCAAUAAUCAUUUGGGGUUUUGCUCAAGAAGAAAAGGAAAAGGAUUGAAAGGUAAACUAUAGUAUGGGGGGUGUAUGUGUGAGUGUUUCCUUUUCGUUUUGCAAGCUUUGUAAAAUUUAAUAAUGAAGGUUUGGAAAUUCUGUAAGGAAUUAUACUCCUUUAGCUGUCUAUCUUGAUAUUAACCUCUAUCUGGUGAAUCUCCUGCACUUGUUUUUAUUUUAUACAGUGUGAGAGCAGUGUUUAAUGCACAUUACCAGAUGUGACAGUCUGCAACAAAAGUGUCUGGCUUUUCCUCCAGGGUUUCUUAUUUUCUUGGGGUUCUGCUGACAUGGAAGGAUGAAAUGGGAAAUGUUUAUUGCUUUUCUGUAUGGAAAAGGCACAUGAAGGGAAGUUUCCACCGUAUCCCUGCUUCACUACUUCCCUGUUCCCUCUUUCUGAAUGAAGUUAAAGCUUGGUGCUGGCCUGCUGGGGCCUGGGGGAGUGCUUGGAAAUGUCCUUGUAUGAAUGAAUGGUCAUUGUUGAAUUUGUUGGUAUAUGUUCAUGGCUUUAUUCAUUUCA